AUAGCUCGUUUGCAUAGUUCAGUUUAACAUGGCAACAAUGGCAACAAGCCAUGGGCUGUCGGUCUUAACCAAUUCUUGCAUCAAACCACCUGUUAAUCCUGAUUCAGGACUCUCGUCAACUUAUGAUAAACGACCAGAGGCCUAUUACAGGUAUCAUGAAAAUGUUGACAAUGCCGAAAUUAACGAGUAUGAGCUUCAAAAUCGAAACGGCGGCAAUGUCGGACACAUACUCGCCAACGUCCCAUUGGAUGAUGUUGCUUCGCACUUGCAAUUACUGUCUGACGACGAAUUUUAUGACAGACUCUUGACACUAAAGGAAGAACAGAAGAAAACCCUUCAGAGAUGUGAGGAAAUGUACCGACAGAAAUUGUCGAGGGAACAAGGUUUGACAACACAAGAUGCAGUUGAUGACAUCUUCCACCGGAAUGAAGUCCGGCAAACCGUGAAUGGACAUGUCUCAGAUUCAGAAGAUUCUCAGGCCUUCGCUGGAUUUUCUCAUUCACACCACAUAGAUCAAGUAAGAGAUAUGACUAGGAAACCUCCCAUAUCCCCAUUGGUUAAACACGCAUUACGACAGGGAGCAGUCAUGUCUCAAACCCUCCCUGUAAGAUCCCGAGUUUUUAAAGAACGGCCAAGUUCAGCUCCUGCCGCAGGGAGACAUUACUCAAGAAGUUUGGAUGGAGAUGACUGGCAAGAAGAUCAACAGCAAUCAGCAUAUGAAAGUGGCAACGAGGAACUUCUGGAGAAAUCACAGAAUAAAUCAUCUGAAGAAUUGUCAGCUGCUCUCAGUAGGAUUGACGACAUGUGGGACAAUUUUUCCAUUGAGGAUUAUGUGACAAGGGAGAGAAGACAUUCCUCUGCAUCUCUUGUGAAAGAAAAGAAAAGUAAGAGGCCUGAAGAUAACUGGAGACAUAGGCUUACCAUACCACAGCCUUUUAAAAUGACACUAAGAGACGAAAUAAAAGAAAAAAAGAAAACUUCAGCACAAAUUGAGUUAGAACUGAAGCGAUUAGAAAGAGAGAAACAGGAUGAGGCAGAAUGUCAGAAAAAGUUCAAAGCAUCUCCUGCUCCGGCCCACAUCUACCUUCCGCUGUAUGAUGAGAUACAAGAGAAGAAUGAAGCACGACGCAGAUAUGUGAGAGAAUAUUGCACAGAAAUGCUGAAAUCUCAAGAGAAACCAUUUAACUUCAUGACUCGAGAGGAAGAAAAAAAGAAGUGCAAACCCACUCCAGCACCAGUCGUCAAACCAGUAAAGGAGAAGCCUGUUUUCAAGGCCAAACCAGUCCCAGAGUAUCUCUAUGAUAACACUGUUAAUGAAAAGUUAAUGGAAGAGGAAGAAUACAGGAGAAUUCGCAUCCAGAUGAGGUCAGAGGAAUUGCUGCGGGAAUCAGCUCUACCUCCAAACAUGGCAGCUAGACAAAUGAUGAAGGAGGAAAAGCUGAAAGUAAAGGCCUUGAAAUCUAAGAGGCGACAUUUUAAACCUAAAAUCAACCGCUACGUACCAGAUUAUGAUGCUCUAUUUAACCAGUUCCAGAGGGAGCUAGCCAGACGGAAACGACAGAGAGAUGCAACUGUUAUGGAACCAUUUGAUUUGGAAACUGAGCGAAUCCCAUCCAGAAAAGAGAGGAUUCUCAGGGAAAUCGAGAGGGAUGAAGAGUUACGACGAGAGAACAGGUGGCCAUAUAGAUCUGGACGCAUGACUCCAAGAUCUGCAGGGAUUCUGUCUACGUCUUUGGAUUCCAUUCCUGCAAAGACAACCCACAGCAGUCAGCUAAGAGAAAGUGUUACUAGAGAUCAUCGACAGAAGCUGACACAGCGAGAACAAGAAGAGUUGGAAGAAGAGAGAAGAAGAAGAAUACGAGGGAUGAGAAUUAGGAAGACAAUCUCAGAAAGAUCUUCUGUAGAUAGUGCAAGAGGCCGACGUGAAACAGUCAGUGAUAGGAUGAAGAGAAUCAGAGAGGAGGAGAGAUCUCGUCAAGAGGAAUAUGAUCGAGAGCUGCAGAAAAUUCAGCAGAAAGUACAACAAAGACCAUUGUUGUUUGAACGUCAGUCACAGGUAAACGCUAGAAAAGCAGCAGAGAAGAAAUUCUCCAACACUUUAAGAAGUGUUGGGCUGGACGAAGACUUCCUUCACAGUCGCAGUUCGGCGACUCACAGUCGCAGUUCAAUGACUCACAGUCAAGUCGUGGAUGGGGACAACUACGAUGAUGAUAGUUUUGAUGACACUGCCCUCAAGUCUACAGAGAUGGAUGAUGAGUGACACGUUUACUGUUAGAACUAUUGUAUAAAUCUAAAGCAAAGUCAAAGGAAAAAUAAAUUAGAAAUAACAGUGAUGAAUAUAGCAUUUUGUGCUGAAGGCAUGUUUGCUGUACCUGCCUAUAGGUAUGCCAGCCUGAAAGAAUCUAAAUUAACACAUUCCAACUACUUUGCUGCAUAUUCUUUGGUUAGUUUUUCGUUUAGUUCAAUAUUCACAGCAUAUUCUGCAGAAAAUGGCUAAAGUAAUUUUAUUCAAAGAAAACUAUUUAUUUUUGUAUUUAUUACCCCUAUUGAUGUCGUUAUGUGUGUUUUACAAUCCGUCCAUAUUGUUGUAAGUCAACAAUGUCUAGUUAACACGGUCACUGUAAAUAGCUACUAUGUCUCAUAAAAUAUAUGUUAUAUGUUGGAAAUUAGUUUUCCUGUAUAUGCACUAAAAUAAAACAGUGCCUUUUAUAAUAGUUUUAUAACACUUCCUGGUCCAUCUUUCUCAUCAGACAAUUGUUAUCUUGAAAAAAACUUAUGUUAUUGCCAUAUUGCCUGCGGAAUUCUGUUCUUCCUGUGGAAAAACACAUGUGGCCAUGUGUUAAUAGGUGCCAUUGUAACAGACUAUUUGAGAUAUUGAUAAGGCCUUGUGUGGUAACUAAUUGUUUUGUGUGGUCAGUAUCUGCGGAUGACAAGAUCUACCUACCUCACUGUGUACACACUGUUUGCUCCUUAGCCAUAUAUAUGUAAAUUAGAAAUGCUGACAUGCAAAACUAACAUUCCUCGUCUUAUCAAUGUGUGAAGUGUAAAAAGUUAUUCACCAUUUUAUCCCUACUCAGCACAAAGCUAUAGGUUUAGAGAACAUGUAUGUAAUGAACAAAUCCUGUAUUUUGAAUAUUUGGUUGUUUAUGGAUUUUAAAAUUGUGUGGUUUAGGUAACUUGAGGUAUGGAGCAGUUCAGUGUCACACAUAUUUCAUCUUAGUUAUGACAUGAUUAACUGCAUGUUAAUAAAUAAGAUAUGAUUUUGUUUGUUUGAAAAGUUAUGAAUUUUUACUUGUGUAUGUCUGUGUCAAGUGCUUUUAUUCCUGUUGUGCACUCAUGUAUCUGUGAUAUCUACUCUUAUACAUGUCUGUACUGAGCAGUAGACGACCAAUCUGGAUGUCCAGUAUGUAUUUUACAUGUAUUUUAGAGGAAAUAGAGGUAGCGAUUCUAUUCCAAAUAAAAUAAAGCUACUUUUGUAGAA